ACAUUCCCAAACAAUUUCUUGCAGUUUAUUCACAUCACAAAAUGGGUCUACUAAGCGAAGGCAGUCCACUCUCCUGGGAGGAAACCAAAAAAUUAGCCAGUCAUGUGCGCGAGCAUGGUAUUACUCAAUUCAUAAAUCUCUAUCACAGGCUGAAAGAUCGCACUGGUGACAUACUCAAAUGGGGUGAUGAGGUCGAAUAUAUAAUUGUGAAGUUCGACGAUGCUAAUCAAGUGGCACGCGUCUCACUCAAAGCUCAGAAACUUCUAAAUAAACUCAACGAAAAAGAGCUGGCCGAUCCUAAUGGUGUCAAAUCAUUAUGGCGUCCAGAAUAUGGUGCUUACAUGAUUGAGGGUACACCAGGCAAACCUUUCGGUGGUCUAAUGGCACACUUCAAUUUGGUUGAGGCAAAUAUGCGCUAUCGGCGCACAGAGGUCACAGAAUUGCUAGAUAAAGAUGAGUGUGUUAUGUCUAUAACGAAUUUCCCACGGCUGGGCGCACCUGAAUUCACCCAUCCUAUUUACUAUCCAAAUCCGAACGAUCCGAAUAGCUCGGCUAAAUCAUUAUAUUUCCCAGAUGAAGCCAUAUAUCCGGGUCAUCCACGCUUCAAGACGCUAACACGUAAUAUACGUAAGAGACGUGGCGAAAAAGUCGCCAUCAAAUUAAAAGUUUAUAAAGAUGUAAAUACAAAGCUUCCCGUUGAGGGUGCACCAAAAGAUGAACCAGAUGUCGUUUUACUCGACGCCAUGGGUUUCGGUAUGGGCUGUUGUUGCCUGCAACUUACAUUCCAAGCCUGUAACAUAAAUGAGGCACGCAAACUAUACGAUCAACUUGCGCCACUGUGUCCCAUCAUGUUGGCACUUACUGCAGCAUCGCCUAUAUAUCGUGGCUACCUAACAGAGUCGGACUGUCGUUGGAAUGUGAUCAGCUCCUCGGUAGAUUGUCGCACAGAGGAGGAGCGUGGUCUGCGACCAUUGCGUCAAAACAAAUUUCGUAUCGCCAAAUCCAGGUACGACUCGAUUGAUUCAUAUCUCUCACCAGAAGGCGCUAAAUACAACGAUGUGCCACUUACUUAUGACGAAGCAGAUUAUAAACGGUUACGCGAUGGCGGCAUCGAUCCGUUGCUGGCACAGCAUGUGGCACAUCUGUUCAUACGCGAUACAGUCUCACUGUUCAGCGAGAAAGUCGAUCAAAACGACGAGGAAGACACAGACCACUUUGAGAACAUCCAAUCUACCAACUGGCAAACAAUGCGCUUCAAGCCACCACCACCAAAUUCGUCGAUUGGCUGGCGCGUGGAGUUCCGGCCAUGCGAGGCACAGAUCAGUGACUUCGAGAAUGCUGCCAUUGUAUGCUUUGUAGUGCUGCUGACACGAGUCAUACUGUCGUAUCAAUUGAAUUUCCUAAUACCCAUUAGUAAGGUUGAUGAAAACAUGCAAACUGCUCAGAAACGUGAUGCUUGCCGCAAGGAAAAAUUCUGGUUCCGCAAAACUUCGCGAAAGAAUUGCUAUAUAAACAGCAAUGGCGUUAACGGUGUACACAAUGGCACUAAAGAGAAUGGCGAAAUUAAUCAUGAGGAAUAUGAAUUGCUAACAGUGGGUGAAAUUUUCAACGGAAAGGCUGAUUCAUUCCCUGGCCUAGUUCCACUUAUUCGCAGUUAUUUGCAGUCCAUGGAAGUUGACACAGACACUCAUUGCACUAUUGAGCAGUAUUUGCGAUUUAUAGAGAAGCGUGCUUCUGGUGAACUGGUCACUACAGCGACUUGGAUACGAGAAAAAGUGUUAAAUCAUCCCGAUUAUAAGAAAGACUCUGUCGUGAGUGAUCGCAUAAACUAUGAUUUGCUUAAGCGUAUCCAGAACAUUCAAGAAGGCAAAGUAAUCGAGCCCACGCUACUUGGUAAAGGCAAUCAUUCCAAGACGAAAGAUACGCUGCCACCUGCGCUCCAGAAACAGUUAGAAUUGAACGGUUGCUGCGAGAACAAAUGACCACCCAAUGCGCUGGCGCAAACUACGAAUGGGCAAUGUUGUGAUGAGCAGUAAAUUGUAUGUGUAAUACGUAGAAGUAAAAAAUGUGAUGCUAUAGGUUUACGAUGAUGGCGAUCUUUUAUACCCAUCGUCGAAGCUGCAAAUUGAUUUUUUUUUUUUUUGUUAUUCAAAAACAAAUAUGAGGGAAAAGAAAAAAUGUGACUAGUUGAUAAAGUUUAAUGGAAAAUUAAUUAAUACACAGCUGACUGGAAAAAAGCGUAAUUUAAAUCGAUAUUGUCUUAAACAAAAUUAUAUACACCCAUAGGUCUGCGUGGCCGUGAAUAAAAUUUACUGUUUUGAGAUUGUUGAUUAUUAUUCUUAAAUAUUUUGUGGGGACAUAGGAUGAAUUUAAUGUUUAAUGUGUCUCCCUUCAUUGAGAUACGUUGUGAAACAAAAACUACAAAUAGUUGUGAAGUAUUCUAUGUAUGCAUGAGCACUGAAAACUAUUAAAAAUGGGGCUUCACAAGACCAAAAUAUUAAAACGUUUAUUUAAUAUAUUUACUAGAUCUAUAUUAUAAGCUAUUUAAUUGCCUACUUAUAAAUGCAUUUAAGAUUUACCUGUUUGAUUAAUUAUAACUACCUUAUGAGCCAAUCGAAGUAAUUCGAACCAAUAGAUAACGGAAAUUCAAAAAUAUUUGAAAGUGUUUUGAAAUCACAGUGUGCUUUAGUUCUUUGAAAGAAAAAACAAGACCGUUUAUGAACUACUUUUAAUACAAAAUCAGAAAUAAAAUCAAGAGUACUUUACUUAUUAAACCUUAUCACAAACCACGCAAAAAA